CUCGUUCUGUCUCUCUUGCCCCUCUUUGUUCGCGAGUCUUUGUUAGCCAUGCCUAGCCUGGUGGUAUCAGGGAUGAUGGAAAGGAAUGGGGGCAUGUCAGACCUGACCAAGGACAGGGUGCUAGAGGAUGACAGGGCUCUGCAGAUUGCCUUGGAUCAACUCUGCCUGCUGGGUUUGGGGGAGACAGAAGAGGACACUAACAAUAACAAUAACAGCCAUGCCCAGCACCCCCAGAAAGGAGACAGCAAGUUGAGUGUCCUGUAUAAGGAAGCAGAACUCAGGCUGAAGAGUUCCAACACCACUGAGUGUGUCCCUGUGCCCAGCUCAGAACACGUGGCAGAGAUAGUAGGGAGACAAGGUAAGCCACAGACCCUUUGUCUGCACCAUGCACCUGGGGGUGGGGGCAUCCUCCUGGCACUGCCAGGCUUUUGCUUACAUCCCUUUGGGGGAUUGUUUGUUUUUCUUAUGUCUGCCCCUCCUCCCCCCACAAAAAAAUCCCCAUACACUUACUUUCCAUUUGGGUGGGAUACAUUGUAUAUUUAUUAUUUAUGUUUUCAGCUCUCUUUUGCUAACAUUCUAAUUUUCUUUAGAAUAUUACUUGUUAUUUUGUGUGUGUGUGUGUGGGGGGGAGUUUCUAUACAUUGUUAUUGUCAUCUUUUUUUAUGUUUUUGUUUUAUUUUUGGGUCAACCUCUUAAGUGUUUUACGUAUAUAUAUUUUUAAUGUGAUUUAUGUUUUUCUAAAUUUUGGCAGACAAUACACUGUUUUUAAAACAAAAGACCAAGGUUCUGCUUGGUGAAAGUGAGGGAAGGGGGCAGUAAACUUAAAGCCCCCCAAGAUAACUGUAUGUCUCAGCAGUCCCUCUGCUAAGGCCUGGGUCCUUUUGUUUGGGAAGAUGGGACCCUGUCACACCCCCACAGUGAUGCUGCUUUCUCAGAUGCAGAAAAUGACAAAUAUCACAUGUGCCAGUCCCCAGCUUUUCCUUUGUGUUAUUUUGGGAGGGGAACUGUAAGCAUGCUUAACCAUUUUAAGGUUUACAAUGAAAAUAAAAAAGAUUAUUUAGUGGUUUUUGAAAGAUCAUUUUAAUAUUUCAUUGUAAAACAAGGCAUUUUUGGCGUUUAGUCUGGGCUGAGACUAUUGCACUCUCCCCAUUGUCUUCAAGCUGAGGAGACUGGUCUGAUGCACGAGAUGUGGCAAAGAGAUACAAAAGUUUAUGUAAGGAUACAAUUGUGUAGGAACAAAAAGGCAUGCCUUUUCUUUGAUUUUUUUGCUACCUCAUGCUUUAUACUUUCAAUAUGAGUAAAUGAUAUCCAAUGUAAUACCGUACAUAGUGAAACCCAAAAGAAGGUCUAUGACCUUUUCAUAUUUGUCAGAUACAAUGGUCACCCCAUACUGCUGAUUUGUAAGGGAUACUUUUAUGCAGAUAGGACAGAGCUUGGCUUUCCUUCUGUAUUAGUCCCUGAAUUAUCCUUUGGUAUUUGAGGGAAUAGAGUUGGUAUGUAUACAAAGAACUGACUGGGUGCCUAUAGAACUAAUGACAACUCUAGGAGUUUGGAGCUAGUGUUAUUUUCACUGGGGGGGGUUGGGUGUAUCAGUGUUCAGAGUGUUUGUUGGUGUGUCUUUGUUCUUUUCUUUAAAGGAUGAAUUGAGAAUUUGUAGGGUUAAAAAGUGCGAGGUACCACACCCACCUUUGCCCAUUGCUUAAACUCGUUUAUCUUUUGAAUGGGCAUAAAUGUGCCCUUCACCUCGGCUUUGUCAAACUUCGUGGUAACCUAACUCCUACAGCACCUUGUCUUUGAGUUGCAAUGGACCGGUAGAAAGAAUUGCAGCCAUAAAAAAAAAAAAGUAAGCUUGUAGGUACGAUGUCUUUGUAGUACUUUGGCUUUUGUCACUGACUUGGCUAUAUGGUGUAAUAUGUAUGUAUGUCUGUCUGUAAAAUGAACUUGCUAAAUACUUAUAAUAGAGAGCUGGACGCUUUACUUUUUAAGGCUUGCAGCCUAGACAUGAAAAACCCAACCUGGCAAAGACACAUUGAUACAAGUCGGGCUGAUGCAGGUUUUAUUGGAACAAAAGCAAUGAUUUUUUUGGGGGGGAGUGAGGGAGGGCCUUUAUGAGACUAUUAGGGAGUGAAGUUUAAAUUAUCUUUUGGAAAGUUGAAGAUGACUGCAGAAUGAUGGGAGUUUGUGUCUACCAUUAUCUUUGGUUAUCGAGUUUCUGUUCUGUAUGAUAUUCUGAAUUUGGAAGUUUUUGGUGGGAGUAAAAGCCAUGCCACUACUAUGCCGUAGUCAUGUAAAUCAUAUUUGAAACGUUGACCCGCAGCAGCCGAAGGUCAGUAUUUUACAAGAAGUCUUAUUUAGUUUCUUCUCAGCUCGUGGUAUCGAGAGGUCAAUUCUAACUUUAAAAGAUUUGAUAUUAUGGGAAGCCAGAUAAUUAAGGUGUGGGGUUGCAGGCCUAUGAUAAUCCUUUAUAAUUAUUUAUCUGAUUCUGUAUGACUGACAUACCAAGUUUAGAAGGACAGAAGCUUUUGCUGUCCGGUUAACAGCAAGAUAAUAGUGGGACUCAAUGUGAGUGUGAAGUGUAAGCUUUGCUGUCUGUGCAUAUCCUAGAGAUGCUUUGUGCUGGAGAAGAGUCAAAACCUCUGGUCCACAUCUGGAGAUUCAAUAUAACCCAUCGUGUCCCAAAAUAUUGUUGUAUGGAGUAUGACCGAAGGCGUUUUCUCAUGACAUCAUCAUUUUUGCAUUGUUCUUAAAAUAGUGUGUGCCUGUGUGAUUACUGAACAAUAAAAAUGCACAUGUCAAAACCAAAACAUCUAAAAUGUAUGUUUUUGGUAUUGAAAUGUUUGCCAACUGUUUUUUAGGAGAAUUUUUUUAGAGUGCGCCAAUUGGAUGCCUUAGAACAACUAUGUGAGACUGGUUUGGGAAAUGUCUAUUGAAAAUCACCCCUGCUUUCUUUCCGUUCCGUCUCCCUGAUGUAUACCCUUGUAAAUAAGAGCUUAAUAUUCCUUAAAUAGGUUUUGGUGGUGAAGGUGGCAAAUUAAAAACCCACCACUGCUCAACAAAGCAGUGGUAUUAGGAAAAAAAAUAAAAACAAGUUGAAAUAUGGUCCACAUGGCCUGUCAAGUUGAGUCUUUGUUCAGCAAGGCACGUGGAAGAUAGCUUUGUUGUAAAUAAAGUCAGUUCCAUGUUAUGACAAAAACCAGCAAACAGCAGAAUAUUGUGCUAGACUGAUGUAUUGCUUCAUUAAAAAGGUUUCCGAAUCUCGAAAAGUACGCUAGUAUGUGCUAUAAGCGAUAUUUGUGGAGAGGGGUGUGUAUGGCGCCGCUUUUGUACCAAAAAAAAAAUGAAUAUGCCCAUCAUGAACACAAGACGGAGGUAGAAAGGCUGCACAAAGCAAUUGUAGUCUUUCUGCAUUUUCAUGCACUCUGAGGUUCUGUUUUCUUAUCAAGCAGACAAAACUGGCUAACUCUUUAAAGAAAAUGUUAUUAUUUGGGCUUCUGAUUGUGCUCACUACGCUUCUUUUACAGAUUUUAACAUUGCGGGAUGUAACGGACAGACAAAAGAUUGACUUCUUAAAUGCUAACGUUUGUAAAGGGAAAAAAAUUAGGCAAAGAAUGGAAGUGCUGAGAUUUCCCUUUGCCCAAAUGUUGUUGUAAACACUGAUCUGUUAGUGUUAUUUUGUUUUGUUUUGCUUUUAUCUAAGUGUGUGUGUAUCUGCUCUUAAAUAUUCCUGGCUAACAGCACCUGUGUAAUAUAUGCUUGUUGUGUUGAAAACGCUGCAGCAUGUUCGAGUGCAGGAAGUGAGGAUUCCUUGCUGGCUCUUUGUCUACAGCGAUACAGACUUUUCCCUGCACAUGGUGGUAUUAUAGACAUGUCGAAUCUCUUGAAGGUUCUGUCUGCAGCAACAACAAAAACACACUGCAUAUCGACUCGCCAUCCAAUCCCAUUAGAAAAAGGAGGGGGGGGGGGAGAAGAUUUUAGAUUUUUACUCAAAACAUUUAACAGUCCAAUGGGUUUUUUUUGUUUGUUUUUUAUCCGCUUUUAACAGUUUUAUUUUCUUUUUUGUCCUGAAGGAUUUAGUUACUUAUACAAGAAUCUAGUCACCUUUAACCCUUGAGUAUGUACAUCCUGGUAAAAUUUGCUGGAUUUAGUCACAUGUGAAUGGGAUGAAUGUAGAAAAUAUUUCUGUAAGUUUAAAAAUAGUGAUUUUAAACGCUUUUGAUUGUUAGUGUUCUGUUUUUUGUGUGUGUGUAGCGCAUCGAGCUGUGUGCUAAAUAAAUUGUUGAAACAAUAAAACGCAAAAAAUCUCAGCUACUUCUGAGUUAACGCCUUAUUAUCCACAUGGCUUGCAUACUUUGAUGGCAAAGGGUUAACUAAAUUAACAGUUUUAUUCUAAGAGUUGGUAACGUUCAAAUAGUGUUCUAUGCUGGGAGUAAUUUUAAAUUCUCUGCAUUGAGAGUAUAGAGCAGUUCAUUAAACACAAUUGCUGUUUUACUGGCCCCUAAUACUCGCUACAUUUUAUUUAUUUUUUUAACAAAGUUAUUUGUUUUUUUGUGAACAGAUCAAAGGUCGUCAAUGAUCUCUCCAUAGGUCUCAAGCUCUAAAAUGUAGUUAUUGCAGAAGAUAACGGUAUUUUUCUGUAGCGAAGGUGAGAGGCUGCGAUGCGCACAUUGUAGUGAAACAGUUGUUGGGGGGUGUGGCACUUAAUUUCCAGUCCAACUGAAGACCAUGCUUGUUUUACAAAGCAACUGCACAAAUGUAUUAUGGCUAGAGAUGAGUGUGCAGGGUUUGCAAACCGCAGUAGAAAUCCGAUGGGCAAAUUGCUAAAUUCGUUUUUAUCAAACAGUCUGGGAAGGGAGCAAACAAGGGUUGGAGAGAGAUAAAUAAAACCAUAUUAUUUUUUUUUGUCUUUGAGGAUUCGCAGAUUUUGAUAAUCAUACAAAGCUUAGUUUGGAUGUGCAGUAUGCUCGCGUGAGGGAAGGUGGGCGUGACGCGCUCUCUUCUGCGCAUUAUUCUUCCUGAAAAAAAAACCCCCACAAAAAAAAAAAACCUGCACAUCCAAAAAAAGUGACCAUUAAAACCCCAUACAGAGGACAGCUGAAUGUUAUCUAAAAGUCAUCAAUCAUGCAUUUGAUGUGCUGCAUGGUAACCCUGAACACUGGGGUUCAUUGAUCAGCGUUAAUAUCAUUUAUUUUUGGGAAAAGUAUUUGAAUAUAACUGGCCAAUAAAUAUAGAUACAUAGGGCAAACACAAUGAAGAGGGUCUAUAAUUGGAGUAUUUAAAAGAUGGGUAUUGGUCCAGGAGAACUUCGUUUAAAUUUAGGUGGAGAGCAUGUGAUUAUGUGGAGGGCAAUAUUUUGGCAGUUAAUUUACAUGUACAUUGCGGUGCGUCUCCAUAUCUGCAUGAAACUCUGCAGCCCCUCGUGUAAAUCUGGAAACCAUUCUUGUAUCUGUCAUGUCUUGGAUGGAUGCGAAAUUUCAUUGGUGCUUGGGUUGGGUGGUGGCGUUUUGGGGCGUGCCAAUCGCUGGCAGUGGCAACUUCACGCGGUUGUGUGAGCAAGCGCAGUCUUGGUAAACACAGGGCACGCUUGGCGAGGAGAAAAAUAGUAACGGGAAGGAGUGACACUCACUGCAGGUUUGAUUAACUCCUUAAUUCUGUUCCAAAAUGGCGACAUGCCAGGCUCCUCCCAUUUCCUAAGUAAUUCAAAAUAGUGAAUUAUACAGCACAACUAAGCUCCUGUGCUAAAUUUAUUUUUACAAUAUUUUAAAUAUGGUGUCUCCCUGGAAACACGUUUUAAAGAAGCUGCUUUUUAAACCUUCACACGAUCAGUGUCUGGGAUGUUAUAGGGGGAGUCUGGAGACCGUAACACCACACUAUUUAGAAUCCUUCAAUUUGAAGGCCAGCAAAUCCUCGACUAUCAAAUUUGUGCUAUGCUUUUCUUGAUUCAGUUCUCAACUGAGACAACUUUGCUUUAAUCCUCCCGAACCAGGCAAUUUGGAAUACCCAUAAUAAGAUAUGUCAUAACUUCUCUGCUGAAAGGCUAUUCCAUGCUAACAGCACACUCAGUAUAUAUAAAAGUUAUGUUUUUGUGGUUUUUUUUAUUUUUUUAUUUUUUUUUUCUGUUUACACAAACAUAGAAAAGUAGAAAGAUUUAUAGGCCUAAACAAAACUUUUUGAUAGAUACUCUGCCAUAUAACAAGCGUGUUAGUGUAUGUGUAGUUUUCAAAGCAUUGUUUUAGGAUUAGAAGUUAUAACAACUUUCUCCUAUAUAGUAUGAGGGAUGUGUAUGCUACAAAGUAAUUAGAUUCUAGAUAAAAUUUAGAACUGCAGCUGGCUUAGUUCCUAGUAAUUCUGUACCCACCUACAUGGAAAGACAUUUGCAGAUAGCAUUUCUUCCGAAGGGGCAGUUUAACCCUUUAUAUACUGGAGAAAAACAAGAGCCCAUCCCCUUAAUCAACACAUUGCUUCGCACACAGUGUGGCGAUGAAGGGUUAAACCUAUUACCAGGUAAAGACUGGUGGUCUGAGAUACUGAAAUACAAGAUCUUGCAUAUGACAUUUGUUUAAGGGUAAAAUUGAUACAACACACAUUCUAGAAAGUAAGGAUAAAGGGCGGUAUGUUCAGGGCGGGAUGCAGAUUCAGAGGAUUGUGGUGCAGUGUGCGUAUCUGUGUUCAGGACAUCUGGUAGCUACAACUUGUCUUUCUGCCAUAUAAAGUGUGAGUGCAUCUGGCACUUGUGUUAUCUCUAUCACACUAGGAUUUAGUUACUAGAAAAGUGCACUGACCACAGCUGGGAGACUGUGCCCAUGCUCAAGACAUGAAAAUACUACUGGACAUUUGUAGAUGGGAGAUAUCGCCGAAAAUGUACAAAAUGCGAAAAACCUGAUCUAUUCGCAGCAGAUAAAAGUGUCCAUUAAUUUUUAUAGAGUAACAAUGCGUUAUCUAAUGAGGGCUGGAGAGGGUAUAUUGGAAAACCGAGCAAGAUUUUAAGACCUCCAGACAAAGAAAUUCCCUUUGGAACCACGAGGCUCUGUCCCUUAAACACGAGAGAGCUAGCCAGGCCUGCAAACCAGGAGACUGGGUGAAAGGGUCACACCGUAGAAGCUAGCCGUUAGGUCCCCAAAGGGAAGGCUUGGAAUUGAAAGCGACAGGUUUGAAGCUUUCUUUGUUGUGGUUUGGGCCACCCCACCCAUCCACACACCUCCAUAUUCUCGGCUCUUGUUGAUGAUCGGCUGCCAGGGAGCCAGCCGUGUGUCAGUCCAAUUUUAGCACUGAAACAUGACGCAGAAUGUCAUAAUCUUGCUCUUUGCAUGUGCAGGCUUUGCAGUGUUGGGUCACUUCGCAUCUUCUUUGCCAAGUACAAGUUUCACUGUAGGAGUUUCGGAAGAGUGGCAACAGAAGGCCACAUGACGGUGCAGAAAAAAAAAAAAAAAGUUUCUUCCUGAUGUCUGCCCUUUUACUUAUGCAGGGUUAUUUACUAAGGAAAGAAUUGAAAGGUAAUUUUAAAUUUAAGGCCAGAGUAGCUAAAGUAAAAUCAUCUUAUUUUUUUUUUAUUUUUCAAUUUUAGCUAUUUUGACCUGAAAUUUGAAAUUCACCUUGGUAUAUAACCCUGAUAGAUUCGGGCUGUUUUUGUUUUCAUCCUGGGCAGCAUGUGAGGUUAGGAUUUUUGAGUUGUGUCCCUCCCAAGUUCUAGUUAAUUAACCUUACACACUGCCCCAAAAAAAAAUUUACAAUAUGUGUAUGUAUGUAUAUAUGUAUGUGUGUAUACAUAUACAUAUACACAACAUUUUUCUAAAGAAUGAAAUCCUCUGUUCUGCUUAUUAUCUUGUGAGGAGCUAUUCAAACAUUGAAGAUACUUGAGUCUUUUUUUGCAUGAGAGAAUUUAUCGUACAUAGUUUAGUUCCCAUAGAACAUUAAAGAUUUGGUGAGCAAUGCAAACUGGUUUCUCCAUUGUCUGCGACACUGGGGAGAUUUGAUGGGUGGUGACAGCAUCAAACUGAUGUAGUCUUGGGGUUUGCAACAUAUCAAUAUAUUGUACUCCUCCUAAAACAAUGUGGCUUCUUCCCGUAGGUUAUAUUUUUAGAACAAUUCAGAAACUUGAACUGUGUAAAUCACAGACACAAUUAAUAACAAAAUUCUGACACUCUGGUUGAUUUUUCAGCAGACGACGGAGCUCCUGUUGCUAAUUAAAUAAUCACACUGAUUUUCUUUUUGUAGAUAUUCCAAAGAACAGUCCACAAAAUUGCUGAAACUAUUGGGAGUUGUAUUCCAUGGGGCCUCUUUGUGGUGGUAACCAGGCAUUGAUUUUUUUUUUUCUCUAGAAAGAGAAAAAAAAGAGAGAAACUGUUGAAGUGGGGAGUUUCAAGUUAGACGAGCCUAUGUGUGCACAUACAGGUCACCAGAUCC